UCAGGCAAAAGCUCAGCCACCUUAAAUCCCGCAUUAACAGAAUUAUCCUGGUCCCACAUUAGGAGAUAGUUUCCCCCUUGCCCUACUUACCUCCAACUUAUCUUACGCCGCUGAGACGCUUGACGUGCACACCGAUAGGUAAAUUCUCCUCUCCCCUUUUUGUGUUUUAUACAUUUUAAGGUUGAAUUUUGGAUCUGGACUCUAAUCUCCUCCAGGGAUCACUGUCAAUCUUUACGCGAUAGCCUGCGAUCAGGAACAGGCUCACAAACGUCGCUUCUAUUCUAAGACACUUGCCAAAUCCAACCAUGGGGAAUAGCACGAGUAGCGCCUUGUCCAAGGAAAUCCUGGAGGACCUGAAGCUGAGCACCAAGUUCACCGAGUACGAGAUCAGCCUGUGGUACGAGAACUUCCAAAAGCAGUGCCCGACAGGACGCAUCACGCCUGAGGAGUUCGAGCAGAUCUACGCCCGCUUCUUCCCGGACAGUGACCCCAAGAGCUACGCCCGCCACGUGUUCCGCUCCUUCGACACCAACGACGAUGGUACGCUGGACUUCAAGGAGUACAUCAUCGCCCUGCACAUGACCUCCACCGGGAAGACCACCAGGAAGUUGGAGUGGGCCUUCUCGCUGUUCGACGUGGACAAGAACGGAUACAUCAACAAGACCGAAGUGACGGAAAUCUGCCAGGCCAUCUUCAAGCUGAUCCCCAAGGAGGACCAGAGCAAGCUACUGCAGGACGAGAACACACCAGAGAAGCGAGCCAAUAAGCUGUGGUCCUACUUUGAGAAGAAAGACAAUGAGCGACUGGCUGAAGGAGAGUUCAUCAAGGGAGUGACUGAGAAUGAAAAUGCAAUGCGGCUCAUCCACUACGAACCACUUAAAGAGUGAAGUGUCACACUUCCUAUUUCAUCAAAUCAGCUAUUCUUCCUUCCUUUUGAUUAUUCCUCCUUGUGUAAAUACUCUGGGUAACUUAUUUGUCAGGACGUUAUAUCAAAUUAGAUUUGUCAAAUCGACUAUAUAUACACUAUAGACAAAAUCACUCAUACCCACGAGGUGUUAAAUGGGUAUCUUCUAUAUGGAAAUGAUGCAAGAAAGUGUCAGACUUUGUGUUAGACAUAAUAAUUUAGAAAGAAAAAAAAUAUAAAUAUAUAACAUUAUAAUAAUUUUAAAAAAUAUAUUUUAACAAUUAUUUAUGUUCCCAAUUUUAUAUGGCAAUUUUGAAGAAACUCAAUUUGGUAAUUUUGGAAACUCAAAUUGGUCAUUUCUAGCAUAAUAGAACAUUCUAAUCAACUUUAAAUUAAAACAUUGCCCAUAGAUGGAGAUGGAACUUUUUGUCCCCCCUCCCAAAAUAAGUAAAUAAACAUACAAACAAAACACAUUUUUAAAAUUCACACAAUGUAAUUUCCAGCCAGAAGAAAGCCUUUCAACAAAAGAGCAUUCACUUUAACUGCCCAGGGUAUGAAUAAUUUUGAGUUUAACUGUAUGUAAAGUCAAAAAAUAAACAGUUGACAUAUAUUUAAUAUUUUAUGUCAACCUGUUCCAUAAAAUCGAACAAAGUAUUAAAUUAUCCAACAUGAACUUGUAUUUUUUUGUCUUUAACUCACAAAAUGUAACCGUGUGGAACAGGUUGAGAUAAAUAUAUAUGACGUCACAGUUUUAUUUUUUUUCAGAGUGAAAUUAGAGACAAAGUAAUAUAAUAUACUUUCGUAGUGUUUUAACAUAUUUGUACAGCCGAAGAUAAGUUUAUGUGAGUAUUUCGGUUUACUGUUUAUUUGGGGACUGUGAUAAAAAGAUGAAUAAAGAUUGAAACCUAUCACUCCCAAAAAAAAAAAUACACAAUGUAUUAAAGUGAGCUCCGAUUGAAAUGACAAAUACAUUUUACAACUACUGACCUGUACUACUGAAAUACAGAGGUAUAUAUUUAUAAUUUAUUCCUAUAAAUUAAAAAAAUGUAUAAAACAUUUGUUGAGACCAUCAUUUGAUACACCGUCGCCGCCAUUUUAGCGUGCCCAAAGCAUUAUGGGUAUGAUGACGUAGAAUGGUUGCUCCCGAAACAUCUGCGGUUGUUUUCUCUUCACUUCAGUCCAGAUUCUUUCUUUUUAUUCUUUCCUCACUCGGAGCCUCAACGACAAGCGAAAGCCGAGCAAAAAGACACGAAAGACAGGACGCGCUGGCCACGUACCAUUUUAGCAGUAGCUACAAAUAAACCACUGAGUAUGACCAACUCGCAUUUCUUCACACCGGUCAUCUUCAACCUCAUUUCUUGUGUCUUCCUCACUCUCCCCAUUUCCCUGAUCACAAUCUGGCUUGAACUGAAAUGACUGAGCAGCGUUCAUCGCUGCCAGGCAGUGCUACUGUGGCUGCUGCUAAAAACUCCAGGCGUUGGGCACAUCCCCAUUUGACGUCACUACCCAGAAUGCACUGCGACAAAAAAAACAAUGGCGGCCUAUGUUGAAAUUACGUUUCGUGAAAAUAUAUAAAUCUGGAAAUGAUGAUCAAAAGUUGUAUCUUAUAGUUAUGUUACUCAAGACGAAAGAGAUCAUAUAUACCAAACGUAAUUGCAAUUGGAGGAAAAAGUCCAUAAAAGACAGAGAAUGGACCAAAUGUGGGAUUAUUUCAAAUUUAACAAGAAAGAUAAAGUGCAACUAGAAGCCAGCCAACGUUACACUCUCAUUCGCUGACACCCAUGUCACUCACUAGGCCAGGUCCUGCCUGUUAAAGCCAUACACACUCAAAGUCAGCGAUACCAUAGUAGAAAAUGAGGACGACCCCAAGUGGACAAAUAUAAUACCCGCAUCUCACAUGCACAUUAUUGUGUUUAAUAAUGCUUAAUCAAUUUUUAUCCGAUUAAUCGAUGGCCUAAUUGGUAGAAUACUCUAGAAAUAUCCGAUAGACCAUAGACCUAACAUUAACUGAUUUUGUGUUGACGAUAACAUCAGUCACCUUGAGUCAUUACUUCUUACACCUUUUUGAGUGAUAAGGCUAUACUUUUAUUUUGUGAUUAGAAUGAUGUUUUCACUUUCAUCAAGUCACAUAUUGGAAUGCAUUAGAAAAUCAAGUGGCCAUUUAUAACUAUGUAUUCCAGGUUGUAGUUCUCUGCACAACUUGAUGAAAAUCACAUACUGUAACAUAUGAGUGUCAUAGCUGAUUGUAUGGUCCUUAAAGCUUUGUCUUUUUUUUAAGAUGUUGGAAUGUAUGUAGCCGUUUUACUUUGUGUCUUGUAAUCUUAACAUUAUGCAGUACUGUGAAUGACAUUAAAGGUUUUCUCAUACA